AUGAACGAUAUCAGGGAGAAAACUCCUGACAAGCCAAUCUUUUAUUUGGAUGAAACUUGGCUUAACCAAAAUCAUACACGCUCAUAUAUAUGGCAAGAUAGUCAUAUUGAUGGAGGUUUAAAAAUACCAACAGGAAAAGAAGCCAGACUUAUCCUUGUUCAUAUCGGUUUGGCUAAAACAGGGUUUAUUCCUCAAUGUAAACUAUUAUACAAGAAUACUAAGAGUACAUCUUCCGACUACCACUCAGAAAUUAAUAGCGAUAUUUUUAGAGAUUGGUUUUUGAAAAUGCUUAAUAUGCUAAAAGAACCAAGCGUUAUAGUGAUGGACAACGCCAGUUACCAUUCUAUCGAACUAAAUAAAGCGCUAACGACCAACUCAAAAAAAGAAAUUGUUCAAAAUCGGUCGAAUGAGAAAAAAAUCCCGUUUUUACCACUGGAAACUAAGGUGGAGCUACUCGAAAAAGUUAAAAUGAAUAAAAAAAAAGAAUGUGUUUAUGAAUUAGACGAAGAGGCUUACAAAAUUGGUCAUGAAGUGGUACGUCUUCCUCCAUAUCACUGCCAGUACAACCCGAUUGAAUUUAUAUGGGUACAAGUAAAAAGUGAGGUAGCCACUAAAAACACAACUUUUAAAAUAGCAGAUGUUGAAAAAUUAACACACGAAGCUAUUGAAAAUGUUACUGUGGAUAACUGGAAGAAAUGUGUUGAGCAUGCAGAGAGAGUGCAAAAAGAAGAUGCUGAAAAGGAAUUGGUGAGAGAAAUUCGUCUGGAACCAGUGAUUUUGACGAUCAACCCUGAAGACGAUGAUUCCUCAUUUUGA